AUGAGGUUCUCCAGUUUGAAAGAGGUGGAAACGUGGGCUGAAGAGGGCGGCCGCUGUGCCUUGCUCUACAAGGGCAGCGUCAUUGACGCGACUCAGUUCGCGAGUAUGCACCCCGGCGGACAGGCCAUUGUCCGCAGCUAUGCCAACCAGGAUAUAACGGAGGUGUUCCACGACCCGGGGGUGCACCGGCACGACUACCUGAGCGAGCAGCUGCUGCUGUCGCUGGAGGUGGGGCGGGUGGACGACCAGCCCCUGGCGCGCGAGGGGUUCCUGCAGGAGGGCGAGCCCCUUAUGCACCAAGUUGAAAGGCUCAGCCUGAGUGAGUACCUGAGCCUGAUCAAAAAGCCUCACUUCUUCGGCAGCAGCGUCCGCCUGUUCGAAAUGGACUUCUUCGAGAUGUUCAGCCACACGGCCUGGCCCGAGGUGGCCCUCGUCUACUCCUUGGCGCUGGGGUUCCUGCUGCAGCGAGUGCUGGGGCACGAGGUGGGGUGGGGCACGCUGGUCCUCUACCUGCUGUCGUGCAGCCUGGUCUGGGUACUGACCGAAUACCUGCUGCACCAAUUCUUGUUCCAUAGUGAAACCUACUUCCUAAACAGGUUCUAUUGGUUCCGGAAAUUUCAUUUCUGCCUCCACGGCAUCCACCACGUGCUGCCUCUGGACAAGUCGACUGCUCACCAGGAACCGCAUCCUUUUCCCCCCCAUCAUGGCGUGCCCAUCCUCUAUCUGAUCGCCCAGGGGCUGGGGCUUGUCUGGGCCGCGCCGGUGCCGGAAGUCGUCACUGCGGGGAUCAUAACGGGCUACUGCUUCUACGACCUGUGGCACUACGCGAUGCACAACAUCAAGAAGGGGGCGUUCCUG